AUGGACCUCGAAGAGCUCAUUGGAACUCUCUCAUCACAGGUCGGGAUUUCUUGCGACACGGAUCAUCGUGAUUCCAGUUUCGAGCUGUCCCAGUCAAGUACUAUCAAAUCGGACGACGCAAGGAAUCUCAAGAGGAGCGACCCUUCUCCCGAUGGUAUCAGGCGAUCAAAAUUAGCCACGCGAAGCAUUCUGAGAGAACGAAACACUGCAAUCUCCACAAGACUGCGGGAAAUCGCGCAAGAAUACGCUGAAGCAUGGUCGGAAAAGGAAGCAGAGUAUGGAGCCAAGAUCGGGAGCCUCGAGCGACGGCUCUACGAGCAACAUGAGACUGUCGAAUCGGCCAAAGCCGCAGCAAGUCUAAUCCUGGAGCAGAAUAGGUCCUUCACAUUGUCGGACGACGAAGUAUCUAGGUGGCUCAACACCCGGGCCAGGAGCUGGUAUGAGUGGGCCAAAGAGGCUGCGCACCGAGAUUUCGAACUGGUCCACGAGAAGUACGAGGAGAUCCAUGCGCAUUUAAAGAAUUUCGUUGUCGAACAGGACGGAGAUAUCCCUGAAGAGCUCUGGAAAACAAAGCCCAAGAGACUUCCUUACCCGUUACUUCACGGCAUUGUGGCCAAUUUUAUCUGCACUGAAAUCUUCAAGAACCCUUUCUGGAUUCUCGAUGCUCUUCCAGCGGGGGAUGAGAGUGGAGGCAUACCGACUGGCAUGCAACAGGCAGUUGCAGAACUCAAUGAGGUACUGCUGCAAUUGAACACCAAGAAUGCACAUCAGUGGCGUGCGCAGCUACUGCGAAUAUUUGCCAUGGCAGGCGAGAAUCCCACCCUGGCUACGUGCAAAGCCCGCUACGCCGACGCGCUCACCGACAAAUUUUUGAACAGCGCAGCGAGGUUUUGUCUGAAGCAAGAGGCUGAAUGGAGAGCAUGCGAGAGGACGAAUUUCCUCAAGGACGAAAUCAGCAGGGCCCUUGAAUUUUCCCUCCAGCUUUGGGCCCAGCGAUCACGUGUGGAUGCCGUGGACCUCCAAAUGUUCCACCGCCACGAUCUGGGCAAAUACGUGCAUUGUUCGGAGUUGAUGGAGCCGCACCAGUCCCAGAGAUCAGAGGCGCCAGAAGACUACCAUGGGCGGCGUAUGCUGAUGGUUGUGCAGCCAGCGAUCGUUGCAUUCGGGACGGAGGACGGGAGGGACUACGAUGAGAUCUCAAGGGUAUGGCUGAAAGCACGUGUUUUGAUGGGGGAACCUGAGGGUGAGAUCUCGGAUGCCAUGCUGGAAAAUUGA